GUAUUCGAUGAAGUGCGUCGUUCAUUCGCACUAAAUAACAUAUAAGAAUCUCAAAUAAUUAAAUCAAAUAAUUAUUUUAUAUGUGCAUUGAAGUGUGGAGUAGCAUUUUUCUGAUAUAAACAAUAUUUAAAGAAAAAAAGCUUUGUUGAAUACAUUUUUAAUGUGAGAUUUCUAAAUCAUAAUGGACUUCAUGAUCGGUGGGCUGGCGGGCGCUGGGGCGACUAUCUUUACCAACCCCAUGGAUGUAGUGAAGACAAGGUUUCAGCUUCAAGGUGAGCUGCGGGCGAGGCACGAGCACACGGCGCGGUACCGCGGCAUACUACACGCUUUGUACGUCAUCGGGAAAAACGACGGUAUACUUGCACUGCAAAAGGGCCUCGUCCCCGCUAUGCUACUGGGAUUUACUAUGAAUUCAGUGAGAUUAGGUAUGUACCAUAUAGCUGAGGUACAGGGUUGGACCAAGUGUAAGAACGGAGAGAUCAGUAUUAACAAGACCAUGUUCUGGUCUAGCGCUAGCGGCGUGUUGAGUGGUCUCGCCGCAAAUCCUGUCUCCGUGGUCAAGACCAGGAUCCAAGCCGCCGCGCAUCCCAGUAUCGCCGUUGGACGACAAUAUCGGUACAAGGGUAUGUUUGAUGGUUUCAUCACAAUCUACAAAAGCGAAGGCUUUGCGGGUUUCUUCGCUGGUGUGAACGCGACCUGUGCGAGGCUGGCAGUCGGCAGCGCAGCACAACUUACAACAUUUUCCACCGCCAAAGAAAUAUUACAAUCAUAUAAUAUAUUCGAGCGGUCAUCACUCGGGCUGGCAUUUUCCGCGAGUGCGCUCAGCGGCGUCAUGGUGGCCGUCGCUAUAUGUCCCUUUGACGUGGCAGCUGUUCGUCUAUACAAUCAGGGUCCAGCAUCAACAGGUGAGCGACUCUACAACGGCGUGUUGGACUGCCUUAGGAAAAUUUAUACAAAAGAAGGUCUGCAUGGACUCUACAAAGGCCUAGGACCACUCUACUUAAGAAUAGCUCCCCAUACAACACUAUCUCUAGUCAUAUGGGAUAUGUUGAAUAAUUUAUUUGAUAAAAAUAAAAACAGUUGA